AUGAAGUUCCCCUGUAUUUCAAAAGUUAAUUCAAAUUUUAGAAAUAAAUUUGAUAAAGUAAUAAAAAAGUCUUCAGUUGUGUCUCCUGACACAGAUAUGAAAUCGAAAAAUAGAGAUGCACAAAUAAGUAUGGUAACAAUUUUAGUUAAUAUUAUCUGCUUCACCUUUUUAUUAUGGACAUUGCAUUACUCUUACAGCGUGAGAGAUAUUAAUAAGUACGCAAUUGGUAAAAGAAAUAUAUAUAAAAGUAAAAUAGGAUUAAUACUAAAAAGAAACAUAGCUGAAGGUCAUCAACAAAAUGAAAAUCCACAAAUACAAGUAGAUUUAUUAGAAGAUGAUAUUUAUCCCUUAUCAAGUUUCGAUGAAGUAAUGGAGUCGGUUCAUGAAGAAUUAGAUGAGUCAGAAAUUCCUGAAACGUUAGAAGAGUUAAUAGAAAAAGGUGAAGAGUUAUAUAAUAAUGUCAUAGAGGAAAUGAAGUAUCAAUAUGAAGAUUUCUGCGAAAAUAAGAAUACUGUGUGGUGUCAGAAAAAAUGGGACAAACAUUGGAAUCUCUAUUUAAAUUAUUUGCGUGAUGAUAUAAAAGAUUGCUUAAACGAUGAAAAUAUUCCCAUACAGGAAAAGUACAAAAUUAUAUUAUACUUAAAUAAAUGGUGUUUACACGAUUUUGAAAAAUUUAAGGAUAUGCUUCAGAUGGCCUGGGAUAUGAAAGAUGAACCAGAGUUUUAUUUAGAAAGGUAA